AAUGUACAGAUAUGUUUUUAGCAGUUAAAUCAGUUGUGCUAUACAAAAAAAAAAUGUCAUGGGAUACUAAUGCCUGUUUUAAAUCAUUGUGUGCAGCAUACAAUGAAUUUAUUCAAAAUGCCUGCGAACAAAAUAUACAAGAUCUUCAAAGACAAAUUGAUGUUUUGAUAGGCAUUACAACACAUGGUGGAUCUUUCAAUAGUUUUUCAACAAAAGAAAUUAUCUACACUGAAAGUCUUUCUGUUCUUGUCAGCUUAAUUAAUACACCAAAUUUAAAUAUUGCAGUAUAUGUCAAGUCAUUAAUGGCACUUUCUCAACUAGCUAAUAACAAUGAAACCAGAUUUAGCUUACAAAAAAAAUUCAAUCUUGGAACAUCUUUAGUGACUUUUAUUCUACGAAAUUAUGACAGCUCCAAUAAUCAACUUAAAUUGCAGAGCUUAAGUUUGAUGCAGAAAAUGACAUAUAAAAAUAAAAUUUUUGUUCCUGGUAUAUAUGUUAGUGACUUAAUCAGUCAUCUUGUUAAAAUAAUUCACACAUCAAAGUCUUCAGAUCAUGUUUUGGCUGCACUAGCUGUUGUUGCAAAUAUUUGUCAUCACAACAAAAAUAUGCAGUCUUGUUUAAAGUCAAUGGAUGAUGUCAAACUGCUUUACAAAAAACUGUUCCAACUUCUCUCCCAUUCUGACUUGUCAUACAGCAUAACUAGUUUAUCAUUAUUAACAAGUCUUGUACUUAAUGAAGAAAUGGGGAUGAAGGUAUUUUAUGGAAAAAACUUAACAAAUAUUAUUCAACUAAUAUUUAAUACUUUGGUCACAAAAGAAGACUCCAUGUGUUGCCAAUAUGCUGCUGACCUUUUAAUGGAUCUAAUGGCUUGUGACAGAAUAUCUAGAGUAAUCGCAGAGACCGAUGUGUUUAUCACAUAUAUCCAAAAAAUCUUAAAUCUUAUUCAUUCAACUGAUCCUCAAACUACUGCUAAGAUUUUUGAACUUCUAAUUUUAUUUUGUGGUAAAGAGUGUACUUCCAGUAAAAUACUUGAAAUAUUCAUUGACCAAUGUAAUGAUGAAGAAACUCAGUUACAAAGUCUCACUUCUUCUCAAGCUGUAUUGCAUUGGAUAGUUCAACCUUCUGCACAAAAUGAUGAUGUUACUGGCCACUCAAGUUUGUUAUCAAUUGUUUUUGUUAGAGAAAUAAUUUCUCUAGCUGUGCACAAUGGUUUAUCAGAUAAACUAUCAAGUUAUGCUAAUUAUUUGUUCAGUGUGUUGUUGGAACAUCUUAUUUUGAAUGAUGAGAAGUUAAACGAUGAGAAAAUACUAAAGCAUAAGUGUGAUAGACUUGCACGAAUUAUUGAAGUUAUCAUUUAUUUAUGUGAAGAUGAAAAAUAUAAAGUCACAGUUGCAAAUAGUGUUUGUAGUGAAAAAGUUACUCAAUUGGUUUUUAAAGUCUACGAGUUAUAUUCAGAAGAGUUGCGCUUGCUAAGAAAUCCAUCUUAUGUGUGCAGCCAAGAACUUUCCUUUUUGGUUGUGAGAUCUCUAGAACUAUUAUCAAAGAUUAAGCAUGCAGUUUUAUCUGGAGUGGAAAAAUACGCAUCUUUAUUACAAGAUCAAAGGUUGCAUUCAUUUCUUGGUCAUGCUCUUCUCAGUAAUUCAAAGUAUCUUGUUCAUGCUGGUUUACAGAUUCUUGCUGAGGGAUUUAAAUCAAGAGAUUUUCAAACAAAAAUGGUUGGUGAGAUUUUAGUAAACUACAACCAAUCAAGAGAAGAUCUUUUAAAAUCGCAUCAGUUUGAGGAAGAAGUUUCUACACAACCAAUUUUUGUCCCACCUAUACCUGCAUUAAGUGACAUUACUAAUAAAGGAAAUCAUUCACAGUCAGCAAGCGUUGCAAUAAUAACUGAACAUUUAAAAAAAGGUUUAGAGAUUAAAGAUUCCAAACUUUCUGACAUAAUGGAGUUCUAUGAACAGAAGUUGACAUUUUUAGCGGGAAGAGAAACUCACCUUGAAGAUCUUUUAAAUGCUAAAACAUUGGCAUUAACACAAUCUGAUCGUCUAAUUGCUCAAUACAGAUGUAGACAAGCUCAAUCAGAAGCAGAGUGUUUAAAGCUUCGCACAAUGCUUCAACAAAGUGAGAAGGUCAUUGAAAAAGAUACGAUAAAGAUAGAGCAGUUUACAAAAUCAAAACAAGACUCUGAUAUAAAGAUAAACACUCUCCUAGAAGAAAUUCAACAACUUCGACUAACUGUAACAGAGCACGAAAACUUAAAGGCAGACUUCAAUGAUCUAUCACAAAAAGUUAAUGCUUUGGAGAAGUCAUUGUUGGCAGCUGAUGCUGAAAACCAUUCUCUUGCAGCUAUGAAUGAUUGUCUUUUGAAAAAUAAUGAAUCUCUAAAAGUAAAAAUAGAAUGUUCCAGUGAUAGAAUUAAAAUAAUGGAAGAAGAGUAUUUGAAAAUUUCAGAUUCUGUAAAAGAAAAAGAGAAUAAAAUAAAUGAGAUGAAAAAGCAUAUUAAUCAAGUUGAGGUGCAAAUAACUGAAAAACAAAGAGAAGUUGACGAAUACUUAGGUAGAAUAAGUCAUUAUGAAAAAGAACUUAGAGUUCGUGAGAAGACUUUAAAAGAGAUGAAAUAUCAAGUGUCCUCGUUAGAGUCUGUUUGUGUUCAACAUGAGCAGACAAUCAAAGAUAGAGAAGAAACUAUAUCGCAAAUGCAAGAAGAUCUCGAAAAGCAAACACAGAUUGCAGCUAUGAUACACAAUCUCACCAGUGGAAAAAUAAAUGUCGCCAAAAGUAUCCCUAAAUUGUGACUGGAAACCAACAAUUAGUAAACUGUUAUUGCAAGUGCUUCAGUUUUUAUAACACCUUUACUUCUAAUGCAUUAAAUAACUUGCCAUGAAUACCCGGGGGUAGAUCAAAUCAUCUUAUAAUUAUCUACUCAAAAAUAAAACUUUACAUAUAAAAUUAAACAUUGUUUAAUUAAUGUUAUUAUCAAUUAAAAUGAAGAUGUUUCCGAAAAUUGAGUUGUUAAAUCGGAGUGGUUGCAAAGUUAUAUGAUGUUAAUUUAUUAAUUUA